CACCUUCUAAUCACUGAACAGAGGGUAGUGCUAGACAACUAGUCACCAGAGGAUCUGGGUUUUUUUUUUCUUCUCUCUCUCGCUCUUUAUGGUGCCUGUUUCUUAUGAUAAGUAGCUGCACUGCCACUCGGACUAAAAUUUGAAAAUGAAUAUACCACUAAAGACCAUUCUGAUCUUCUGCUUAGUGGCUGCAACAACUGCACAAAGUACUACAGAUGUACCAAGCAGUUCCACAGCCAAGAGCACAGAUACUCCUUCCGGCACAACUAAUGACAUCACAGUCCCCACAGAAGCUCCUAAGGAGACAAGUACUGGUACUUUUACCACAGACACAAAAACUGAUUCUACAGACAAUACUCCUGCCAGCAUAACUACUGCCACCACAACUGUUACCACCACAACCACUACGACACAAGGUGCCUGUGCUUCAAAUCCUUGUAUUGGAAACAUUAUAUGUGAAGAACGGUUUGGGGGCUUUGCUUGCAUCUGCCAGCCUGGGCUGGUUUACUUGGAAAUGAGAGGCUGCAUUCAAACAAAGGUCUUCCCAGGUAAUUUAACUGUGGCCAGAGAUUUUAAAAAAGAUAUGGCUGACAAAAUUUCUGAAGAGUUUCAAAAAACAGCAGGUGAUAUUGAGAAUGCGCUCAGAAAAACCCUGGCUGAUGACAAUGGCUACAUUAAUUCCACCGUUUUGAAGCUAAGUGAGGGCAGUGUAAUUGCAGAAGUGCAGAAUUUCUAUGACUUGUCAUCCGAUGCCACAUCAGCUUCAGUUGAAGAUAAGAUUGAAAAAUCCAUUAAAGUUUACCUACCUGAAGGCGCCACAUACACACGAGGCAGUAUGUGUGAGAUUGGCAUUUGUGACAAUAACACCACUGAAACCUGUGAAGAACAAGAGAAUAGUGGUACUGUAAGGUGCACUUGCAAAGAAGGGUACAUCAGGUCACAAUUCACAUCACUUUUAUGCAUUCCUUGUCCAAAUGGGGAAAUGGCAGUGGAUGAAGACAACUGUGAAAAGUGUUCUUUUGGUUUCUCUGGAUUUAAUUGCAGUGAACCAUAUCUUUUGGUUGUGAUCGUGGUGUCCACUGUGUUGGGUGCAUUGUUGAUUAUCUUUAUUGUGGCCCUGAUAGUUGUAAGCUGCAGGAAUCAAAAGGGAAGCUCCUCAUCCCAGGAAGAUUUUAGCUCAAACUAUGGCAAUAAGGAAUUACAUAAACCUACCGGAGUUCCCAGGAUUCCUAGGGCCAACCCUGAUGCUAACUGGAAGUCUAACAAUCUGGAGAUGACUAAUAGUGGGAGCAAUCAGGCACUGGUGACCAGAGAUCGCCCAGAGAGCAAUGCACGCUACACUGGUUACUAUGAGGACGUGAGUUAUAGGAGUCACGUUCCCCCAGCGCACUCUGGCUAUGGUGGGAGAGGAGAGGAAAAUGGUGGUGUCCACAACCCAUACUUUCGGCAAGAUGAUGACAGCAUGCGCAGAUAUUAACAUGAUUUAAUCAGGAAAAUCACUGCAUUUGGAUGAUUUUUCUUCAUCUUCAUGUAGAUUGAAUUACAUUUUUUAUUUCUUUGUUGACCCAAAUUUAAAGAUUUUAAUGGGAAAAUAGUUAAUGCCUUUUAUAUGAAUCUUUAUUAACCAUAGGAACAGAAUUCAGAUUUCCUUCGUAUUUACAUUCUGUGGUAUUAGCAGCUAUUGAAAUUCAGUUUAUGGGCUUCAAUCUUGAUUUAAGCUUUUGCUUUAAAAGUAUUUGGACAAAAUGUCGUUCCUCAACUGUUGAAUAGAAGCUGUGUUGCAGAGGUCUUCGUUUGGACAGUGACGCCUGUUCUACAUAAUUUAUUUUUCUUUUCCAUCUUACAAACUUAAAAUCAUUUUGUUUUUCAGUUCCUACAAAACAUUUUUUUAAACACAUCCAUGCUUUUAAUGCAAUACUUGUUUAAGUCAGAUGUUUGAAUGUUCAAAUUUAUGACAUAUAUGUUUAGUGCUUGGGCUGGAACUCAGAUUUACAAAAUAAAUCGAAACAAAUCAAUGUUUCUUUUGAGAUAUUCAAGCAGUGAUGCACCUUAUUUAUUCAGAAAGAGAAAUUAUGAUAAACUGUUCUAACUGUAACUAUGCCAGUUGAUGUAUUUUAUUACAAAUGAUUUUAAGAAAUAAUAAUAAUAAAAACAGUAUAUUUUGUAUUUAAAUAACAUGGAGUUAAUAAAGCAUUUGAUUUUUAAAAAUAAUGCA